UCAUCGUGCAGUCUGGGUGGUGGGUACACGGAUGUCCCCCACAAAACUCUAUCACUCCUCUGUUUGAAGCGUUGCCUGAUGAAACGCUGGAGGAAAAAGGAUGGUUAACAGCAACCAGUGAGGACCAUUGUGGGUUUCCACUCGUUUCCUUGAGCCUCACCACGGUUUUCCUACAGAGUCCAUGUAAUGCAGGCAUGUGGUUUUUCUAGAUUUUGUUUUGACGUUAGUGUUUGUCACUUUUUUAAACGCCUACUUGGUUGUGACUUCUUUGCCAUUCUAGAUAUAUAUUUUCCUUCCCAUUUUUGCAUCUCCCCAAGAACGCCCCCAAAUCGUGGGCGCCAGGUGGCGGGUGGCGUUCCGGGCUGGGGGCGCAGGGGCCUGGGGAAGGACAGAGGGUGGGGGACGAAGCCUGCGCCCUCAGACCCCGCGCUCGAGUGGUUCGCACUCUACGCCCAGCAUCCGGGAAGCUGCCACGUGACCCCGCCGCCAUCUUUCUUUCUGGCGGAGACUCCUGGCGGCGGCAUCCCCGCCCCACUGCGCAGGCGCGAGGCCAGGCGCGCUGCCGCAGGGACCCGCGCGGGUUCUUCCCAGGUUCAGCCACAGCAUGGCGACUGCUUUCAUAAGGAACAUGAUGGUUUCUGCCUUGAACCCUCUACUGCAUCUGAGUCGUUGCUCCGCGACGCCCCGCGCGCUCUCCACGCUCCUGCUGCGUCCCCUUCCUGCUGGAGUUCCAGCGGGUGCAAAGCCCAGCGAAGCCACCUCACUUCUGUCCUUCCGCCUCUUGCCUGGCCUGCAGCCUGCCGUGGGGUUCAAGACCAAGGGCGUCAUCCGGAAGCGCUGCAGGGACUGUUACCUCGUGAAGAGGCGUGGGCGGUGGUUUAUCUACUGCAAAACGAAUCCAAAGCACAAGCAGAGGCAGAUGUAGCUCCUUUGUCUGUGAAAUCAUAUGCAAAACUGCAUCAUUUCCUUGGGAAAUGGUAUUACUUUUUCAAAGGAAAUAAAAUGUAAAUAUUCUGUGG